AUGGCAACCGAGGAGGAGGUCAAGAUAAAGUCCAAGGACUCGAAAAAGGACAAGAAGGAGAAGAAGCGCAGCGAGUCCGACGGCGUCCACAAGUCCAAGAAGGAUAAGAAGGACAAGAAGGCAGACAAGGAGAAGCUCAAGGCCAAGGUCGCCGAGGCCCUCGACAACCAGCUGCAAGCAGACGUCGCCGCCUCAGCAAAGGCCGACGACGACGAUGACCACCCUGGCUCCGACGUGGACGACAUCAAGAACCCCGAGGUCAAGACACAACUGGUGUACUUUGCCGUGCCAUUGGCCGAUGUGAAGGGGCAUAAGAAGAUCUACAAGACCAUCAAGAAGGCCCGGAAAGCAGGCGCCCUCCAGCGCGGCGUCAAGGAGGUGAACAAGGCCCUCCGCAAGACGCCCAUCAAGGCGCCGGCCAAUGCCGACCAGGUCCCCGGGAUCUGCAUCAUCGCCGGCGACAUCUCGCCCGACGAGGUCAUCAUGCACCUGCCCAUCUACUGCGAGGAGCACAACGUCCCCUACCUGUUCGUCAGGUCGCGCCUCGAGCUCGGCAGCGCCGCAAAGACCAAGCGCCCCACCUCGGUCGUCUUCAUCCAGGAGAAGGGCAAGGAGCCCAAGGCCGGCAAGGCGGCGGCGGCUGCUGCGGACGACGACGAGGACGACGACGGCUCUAGCUACGCCGACGCCUACAAGGAGCUCCUCAAGCUCGCGCAGAAGGAGGCCGCGAAGCAGCUGAAGGAUGUGCUGUCGGGCUAG